AUGUGGAUUCAUAAUGGGGAGGGAAGAAGCAUGUCCCGUCUGUCUCUAACACGGUCCCCGGUUUCUCCUCUGGCUGCUCAAGGAAUUCCUCUCCCAGCUCAACUCACCAAGUCGAACGCUCCCGUGCACAUCGAUGUAGGAGGACACAUGUACACCAGCAGCCUGGCCACCUUGACAAAGUACCCAGACUCCAGAAUAAGUCGUCUGUUUAAUGGCACAGAGCCUAUUGUCUUGGACAGUUUAAAACAACAUUAUUUCAUUGAUCGAGAUGGUGAAAUUUUCAGAUAUAUAUUAAGCUUCCUAAGGACAUCUAAGCUACUGCUCCCAGAUGACUUUAAGGACUUUAAUCUUUUAUAUGAAGAAGCAAAGUAUUACCAGCUGCAGCCAAUGAUUAAGGAACUUGAGCGAUGGAAACAAGAGAAAGAACAAAGGAAACAUUUUCAGCCUUGUGACUGCUUGGUUGUAAGAGUGACUCCAGAUUUGGGGGAAAGAAUUGCAUUGAGUGGGGAGAAAGCUUUAAUAGAAGAGAUCUUCCCAGAGACUGGGGACGUCAUGUGCAACUCCGUAAACGCAGGCUGGAACCAGGACCCUACCCACGUUAUUAGGUUUCCUUUGAACGGAUACUGCCGGUUGAAUUCAGUGCAGGUGCUUGAAAGAUUAUUUCAGAAAGGAUUUAACGUGGCAGCUUCAUGUGGUGGUGGGGUGGAUUCCUCUCAGUUCAGUGAAUACGUGCUGUGUCGUGAAGACAGACGACCACAACCUACCCCAACAAUCAGAAUAAAACAGGAGCCCCUGGACUAGACUCUUCCCUUACUCCUUUGUAACCGUAGAAGUGUUUAAUAGUCCCUUAUGUGAAACACUAAGGAUUUGCAAAAACAGUAUUAGCAAACAGAUCUUGACUUUAUGUUGCCAAUUAGUGGUAUUCUGAAACUACCUGUCACAUAGCCAGCCAUGAAAUGCAUUUGAAAAACCAGUUGUCCGUUUUUCACGAUGAAAUUCCUGAGCCUGCUCAGCGUACCAGGCCUGCUGGGAAUGUACUGUGGGCUGAACAGCUGUGGUGGUGAAAAAGGCAAAGCUUCAUAAACCCCUGACGCUAGAUUGGACUUGCGUAGAAAGACAAAUUAAAGAAAUUAAAGCAAUUUGAACAGAUCAGCAGGAGAAACGGUUCCGACAGCCUUUCCAACGAUACCGCAAUGCUGGGAUGCAUGGAAGUGGGCGCCUCCAAGAGGAAGACGGUACACUAAAAACUGCACUGACUAUCUUCCCUGACUGCCGCACCUCCUUCAUAUCAGACGUGCUUUACACCUCCAUACGUUACGUUACACUUCUGUGAUUGUACUCACUCAUGCUAGCAAAUGGCUUAUUUUUAUACACCAUUUCCAACUGAAAUAUCUCUCUCUGGACAGAAUCCAGAAUCAGAAAAGGACCGAUUUAUAGUCAACUGGUGCU